AUGUCUCUCAAGCAGCUCGCUGACCGUGUUGUGCAGGAAAUCGAAACCUGGGUUGCUGCCCUGGGUAAUUACGACAACAAUGAGUUCGAGGAGGCGCUCAAGGAGUUUGAGAAGGUGGCCGACACCUCCAAGAUUCUCUUCAACAUGGGCGUCAUCCACGCCACACUCGGCGAGCACGAGAAGGCUGUGGAAUGCUAUCAGCGAGCAAUCAGGUUGGACCAGUACCUCGCUGUCGCCUACUUCCAGCAAGGCGUGUCAAAUUUCCUACUGGGCGACUUUGAAGAGGCCCUGGCCAACUUCAACGACACCUUGCUCUACCUCCGCGGCAACACCAUGAUCGACUAUGCGCAGCUGGGUCUACUCUUCAAGCUGUACUCGUGCGAGGUGCUGUUCAACCGUGGUCUUUGCUACAUCUAUCUCCAACAGAAGGAAGCCGGCAUGCAGGACUUGUCAUACGCCGUCAAGGAGAAAGUUGUCGAGGACCACAACGUCAUUGACGAGGCCAUCCGAGAAGAGGCCGAGGGCUACACCGUCUUUUCGAUACCCGUCGGUGUUGUCUACAGGCCCAACGAGGCCAAGGUGCGGAAUCUCAAGACCAAGGACUAUCUUGGCAAGGCGCGGCUGGUGGCAGCCUCUGAUCGUGCAAACGCCUUCACUGGCUUUGCAGGAUCUGAGAUCAAGAACGCUGGGAAGUCGGACAUUAAAGAUGACCGCCCCUCGGACAACAUCUCAUUCGCCGCCACAAACCUCGUCAAACCGGGUAUCCAGAGCCGCAGACAGCAAUCAGAACCACCCGUGGGCAGGAAUGUCUUCCCGCCCACCCCACCGCCAGAGAACGACAAGCCUGGCGGCGGCGUGAGCAGAGGACAGUCGGUGCGGAACGGCCCCAAGCCAAUGCUCACAAAGCUCAAUAUCGAAAGAGCGGUCCCCAGCGGACGAUAUGAGAAGACGACAUCCCCGCCCGAUGCUCGGCCAAGACCGUCACGGGCUGCCUCUGUGACACCUUCGUCUCGGAGUUACGGUGGGAGAAGCGCCGAUGCAAGGAGGAGGAAUGACGACGAGGAGGCCUACCCUGAUGACCUGUACGAUAUGUACCAAGGUGGAGGCGGUUCGAGGAGCAGUCGUGGCCAGGGCGGGCGCCGGCCACCGCCGCAGCGCUACAUCGAGGAGGAAGAUGAAGGCAGCGACUACGACGACGGCUCCAUUGACGAGGGCGAGUUUGAGAUGAUCCCCAACCGCCGGCCUGGCACUGUCAUGUCCGGUUCUUCGCGAGGCCAGUCCCGUCGCCCGGACAUCCGCAAGAUCCGCGUCAAGGUGCAUGCGGAUGACGUGCGCUACAUCAUGAUCGGCGCCGCCGUCGAGUUCCCCGACCUGGUGGACCGCAUCCGAGACAAGUUUGGCAUCCGCAGGCGGUUCAAGAUCAAGGUGCGCGACGACGAUGCGCCGGACAGCGACAUGAUCACCAUGGGCGACCAGGACGAUCUUGACAUGGUCAUCGUGGGAGUCAAGUCGCUGGCAAGAAGGCAGAGGCAGGAUAUCGGCAAGAUGGAGUGUGUUCCAUGGCAGAUCUGGAUUCAAGAACUAUAG